GGGGUAGGCAUGUACCGGAUCGAUUUACAUCCUUCCACAGGCGGAGAUAGCUACAUCGAUGUGGCAUGUUGCCCGUUCCAGAUUCCCCUCGGUGCGUUGAUCCCACAGCAACGAAGCAAUCUCCUCGCAGGCUGCAAGAAUAUUGGCACAACGCACAUCACGAAUGGCUGCUACCGCUUGCAUCCAGUCGAGUGGAACAUUGGGGAAGCCGCCGGGCUGUUGGUGGCGCACUGCCUGGAUACUGGUCUUCAUCCACACGAUGUGCAGAGUGAGAAAGCGAACUUUGAAGAAUUUCACAAAACGUUGCUCCGGGAAGGCAUUGAGACAUCUUGGCCUGACAUCUGAGGGUAUUGAACAAUGAAUGUGGGAGCUGGUAAUCCUAACGGCUAGACGACCAUACGCAUCUUCAAUUUAUCUCCGUCAAGAAUCGCAUCUUUCUUGUCUUCCAGCUCGUCAACAUCCCAUGUCGCAGCCACAUAUCGCCCAUUUAGCCAAGUUCGUUGACCCUUAGUCAGCCAGACAGCGAACCCAGCGCAGAGUUCGGCAGUAUCAGUCAUUGCAGCUUGGACCAUUGGACCAAGAUCCUUUGCAAUCC